AUGGAGGACCCUUCCUCAUCUUUGAGCCCUGUCACGCGCAGCAGCAUCAACCUUGAUGACAGGUACACAUGCUGUGUGUGCACAAAUCCAAUGAUCCCUGCCGUGCGAAACAAUCACUGCAACCACUACAUCUGCCUCCGUUGCUCUUUCAUGUGCGACUCCAGGUGCCCGCUUUGUCGCGCAGAUGCUGAAUGGGCCACAGACAGUGACCUCAGCUGCACAAUUGGAAAUGAAUUGCGCGACGCUCUUGUCGCUGAGUCACUCCACCGGUUACGUUCUAUUCGAGGAAGCACAAGCGGGGCGACAGUCCGUGACAUCAUUGUGGGUCAUCUUGAUGCGACUCGCUUCACCGUUGGCUUGAGGAGCGUUGCCGAGGAUCUACAGUGCAUUCAGCGCUAUGAGGCGACCGUAGGUUGUACCAAAGAUGAGAAGGAUUCCGAUGAAAACUAUGUCUUCUACUGCUACUCGCAACAUCAGCUAAAUACACUGCAGAGCAGGGGCAAUACACACAUUCUUUUUUGCACGGUACCCUCUUUGUCGGACCCGACAAGGAUAAGUGGCUUCCGCAGACUACAGGUGCUACAUCUACAGGACUGCCGUCAGCUUAGGUCUCUACCGCCUCUCACUGAUGCUCGCGACCUGCGCGUUUUGGUGGUCCAUCGGUGCGGAGUUCGCAGCGUCGGCGGCUUGGGCGACUCUCCGCAGCUUGAAACGGUGGUGUUUUUCGAGUGCGGCGAGCUCGCUGAUGUAGCUGGUUUGACGCACCUGGCGAAUGCCACUUCUCUUUCGUUGAUGGACUGCAGCAAGGUCCUCGACGUGUCACCGCUGUCUUCGGCCACCAAGCUACAGCACGUGUCCUUGAAAGGCACAAGCAUCAGUAGUAUUGCCGGACUGAAAGGCUCCGCUGCCACUUUACACGCUGUUAGCGCUGAGGGGUGCACGCAGCUUACCAGCAUCGACCCGCUUACAACAAUGACGAACCUGAGGGAAGUACGUUUGGCCGGGACUGGUGUCAUCGACCUUUCAUCUCUCCAAGCCAGCAUAGCCACGAUUACUGUUCUCGACGUCGAGAGAUGCACUGAGCUACAGAGCAUCCUGUGUCUUUCUACAGCAGCAUCGUUGCGCGAGCUGUACUGCGGAGGCACAAAGGUGAGGGACAUCACCCCUCUGAGGCCGAUCGCCACAACUCUCAAGGUUCUCCAUUUGGAGCAGUGCUCUGGCAUUGAAAACAUCGCCGCGCUUUCUCAAGCUAGUGGCCUGAGGGACAUCAACUUGAGCAACACAAAAGUGCAGAAUGUUAAUGCACUGCGGGCCAGCGCUGACACACUUGAAGUUCUUCGUGUAGGUCACUGCGCGGCGCUCAGGGACUUGUCACCUAUUGCAACCGCCUCACGCCUGCGGUGCGUCGACGUGCAGUUCACUGGUGUGCAGAGUCUUGAAUUUCUGCGGGCGAGCGCGUGUACCCUCGAGGUGGUGUGCGCAGACAACUGCCCAAUCUCCGAUAUCUCCCCGCUCCGUGGAGCAGCGAAGCUGCGGGAGGUGCGACUGGCCAGCACCACCGUCGACUCCCUUGACGACCUUCGUGCGAGCGUGCCAUCCUUGCAGUGCCUUUUCCUCGGCGGCUGCUCGCGCAUUCGUGACAUUUCACUGCUCACGCAGGCUACGCAGCUUCGGGAAGUGUAUCUCACAAACACGGGAAUCAGCAAUAUUGAGGCUCUGAAGCCCUCGGCGGCGACUCUCGAGGUUAUUGCCAUCGGUGGCUGUGGCCGCAUCUCGGACAUUGCGCCGCUGCUCGUGGCCACAAAGCUGAGGCUUGUGUACCUCUGGGGCACCAACAUCAACAACAUUCAUGCUAUUCGCUUCAGCAUAUCAUCUCUGGAGGUGCUGGACAUUGGAGGAUGCGGCCGGGUGUCGGAGAUUUCUUCUUUGCUGAACGCCACGAAGCUGCGGGAGGUGCGUCUCCACAAUACGGCAAUUCAGAGCAUUGAGGCGCUGCGGCCAAGCGCCGGUUGUCUUGAGUGGGUUGAGCUGGUUGGCUGCACUCACAUCUCUGAUAUAUCCCCUCUUUCAACGGCCACAAAGUUGAGGGAGGUGUAUCUUACGAACACAGCUGUAAGCAGCAUCGAUCCACUGCGGUGCAGUGCCUCAUCUCUUGAGGUGAUUGCACUGGGCAACUGCGCGGAAGUGUUUGAUCUCUCGGCUCUCGCCACCGCAACCAAGCUGAGAGAGGCGUACCUAUGGGGUACGAAGAUAAACAGCAUCAAGGCGCUGGCAUCUAGCAUAGCAUCGCUGAGGAUACUCGAGGUGACGCGGUGCACGAACAUCUCGGAUGUGUCCAUCCUAUCUGCCGCCGUGAGGCUUCGCCGCGUCGACCUGGCGAACACAUGCAUUACCUCCAUUGAUGCGCUGGUGCCCGUCGCACCCUCUCUCGAAUUCAUCAAUGUCAGCGGCUGCCCUAUGAUAACAGACUUUGCACCCCUUGGUGCCGCCACAAAUGUGAAGACGGUGUGGAUGCGCAAGCUUCGUCUCGACUCCCUAAAUGCCCUUCGCCCUGUCACCGGAACCCUGGAGAAAGUGGACGUGAGCGGGUGCCUGAACCUGCGCGACAUCUCCGCUCUCGAGCUCGCCACGAAGCUGACGGAGGUGUCUCUCCAAAACACAUCGAUUGAGAGCCUGGAUGCUUUGAAGUCCAGUGCGCCGGUGUUGACAGCCGUCAACGCCAACAACUGCAUCAAUCUGACUAGUAUCGAGGCUCUCGUAUCGGCGACACGGCUCAAAGAGGUGAAGCUCAGCAACACACGUAUCAGCAGCCUUCAACCGCUCCGUGCGAGCGGCGCAUGCCUGCAGAUCGUCGACAUCAGCGGAUGCGUGAACCUGAAAAACACAACUGCUCUCGCUAAUGCACCAAGCAUGUGUCAAUUCACUCAUGACUAA